GCAACUCUCUCUCUCUCUCUCUAUCCACACCAACCUCACCCUCUUCCACACCCUCUCCUCACCUUCGCCCCCCGCCGCCUACCGCACCCACCACGCCGCCGCCCGAACUCUCAUUACUAAGUCCACUUACUGUAUCUAAGAUCCGAGUCGAAGUUGCCCAGAAUUUCGGAAAAACAUUUGGAGGCGAUUGUCCCGUCUUCCACCACUUCCCUCAACCUCACUGUAUAAACACCACAACAGCCUCGAUCCUUACUCGCUCGGCCGGAGAGAGAGUAUUCAAUCUUUUAUAGUUCCAAUCGAAACCUUCUUUAUCCACCGAAUCGCUUUGCUUUUGCCUCCUCGUAGAGCGUCAGAAACUCAUCCUCUUACACUUAUAGCCACAAAAACCACAACAAAACUUGUGGUCGAGAAAAUCUAAAACCAAAAAUGUGAAUAAUAUAUACUUUAUUACUCCCAAUUUUCUCGUCAAUGAACGAUCUAGUCAUGGGGGCGGACCAAUUCUUAUUAACGUGGAAUAACCACCGCUCCAAUUUUGCCGAGGUCUUCACACAGUUGCGUGUGCAGGACCAGCUUGUUGAUGUGACUUUGCUCUGUGAUGGUGGCAGCUACCCAGCCCACCGCCUUGUUUUGGCAGCUUGUUCACCGUACUUUCACCAGCUCUUCACACGAUUACCCACCCAACAUCCUCUCAUCUACCUCAGAGAUGUGAAGCAGGCAGAGCUUGAAGCCCUGCUGGAGUUUAUCUACCGUGGGGAGGUGAGUGUUGCCAACAGUGAGCUUACAGGCCUCAUCAAAAUAGCAGAGAGCCUGCGCAUCAAAGGUCUUGGAGAUGUUUCCCAGCGUGAUCAGCAACCCCAGGCUGGGGAGAAGAGAGCUGGAACACCUUUCUCUCCAGCCUCCCCUGUGUCCCAAAACAAUAACCCCCGACCCAAAAAGGUACCACGUCUUUCUAAUAACAACGGAGAAUCAAAGGGCCUGGAGCCAAACUUUGCCUCCUUGCUCUCUCCCGCCAACAGCUACGGCCAUGCCCUGAACAAGUCCAGCAAUAACAAGAGUAGUGAUGGAUUUGCACAGCUCAUGGACUCUGGGUGUCCAGAUCUCCCCGAGCAGGAACUAGAUAGCGACCAAACCCCAAACCCUGCAUGGGACCCAUCCCUCUCCGAGUCCAAACUAAGAUCUUGCCUCGAGGGCCUGGAGUCUGUCACCGCCGCUCAAUCACUUGCUCAGUCUGUUGCUCACACAGUCGCUCAGUCCAUCGCAAUCCCUCGAACCCUUUUCACUUCCACCCCUACCAAAGUAUCAUCAAGCAAAAAGGAAUCGACUGACAAUGCCAAGGAGGGCAGCCGCGGCUCCUCCCGGAGAAAGAACCACGAGCCCCAAGAAAGCAAGAGAGGCAAAGGAGGAUUGAUAAAUGCCAUGUUGAACGUCAAUGCAGACACAGAAAAGGAGGGAAAAGUUGCCAAGGAGAAUGUCAAGACCGAGCCGGACACGGACAACAUCACAGACACCGACACCUGUCCUGAACCCUCUCCACUGCCCCUUUAUGAUACCACAACAGACAUUGCAGGAUCCAUUGGGGAUCUGACAAACCCCAUCUUUGCUAGCUAUCGCCACAUGCUCAGCUUAGGGAAUGAUGACCGCUCGUUCUCUCCCCUGAUCCCAACGACUGUCCAAGAGCAGCAGCAGGUCCCAUCCCCCACUGGGAGGGAAUCACGGAGCUUGACAUGUCAGCUGUGUGGCGCAACCAUCAAGCACAUUGCCAAUUUCCGUCGGCACAUGAAACAACAUCUCAACCCUCGGCGCUUCCCUUGUCCUUGGUGUUCUGCAGCAUUUGGACGCAAAGACAACUUGAAGACCCACACACGGAAGCACCAUCCAGCUGAGGUUGAGGCCCAGGAAGCUGGCGUGUUACGAGCAGAGAGUGCUAGAACAGACAGUGGGGAAGGCGGAGAGGAUGGCACAGUCCUUACAGGUUUGAAUGGCCUAGAAAGUGAAGGGGGAGAUGGCACAGCACCUGAUGAUGGUGACAAGGAGGAUGUGGACCGGGAGGACUCAUCAGACCAUCACGAGAGCUUGGUGAUCGCAGAGGACACAGAAGAGGAGGAGGAGGAAGAGGACGACUCGCACCUUCAGGUGGAGAAGGACUCUUAACUGUCUGGUAGCCAAAGAACCAAACAAGAACUAGGAUACCACUAGGGCAGGUCAGGGUUUUUGCAGCUAUUAUAGCAUGUGGAGGGGAGAGAGCUACAGACAAACAGACAGAGAGUGAUCGAUGAACAUUCUUCAGUAUUCUCUGCAGAAGAUUUUUUUGAAAAAAGAAAAAAGCUCGGCCACCUCCUAGGAUUAAGGUGAGAGGGUUUUAAAACUGCAGAGAUGUUCUAACAUUUCUAUAUUUUAACACGUAGCUGUGUUUGUAGCCGGUAAAUUUUACAGUGCCUGUAAUUGAUAGAGGCAGACAGAGUUUGUUGCAAACAAAUAUUUUGUAUCUAUGACAAUAUUUGAUAUGCCUUAAUAUUCAAUUAUUGAAUGAUUCACAGUCUUUUGAAGGUUCAGGAAUUUUGUAUGAGAUUAAAAAUUGUGAAAAGCCUUGCCUCUUUGCUCAUAUCAGUACAGCCAAUAGACACAUCUAGGGUGUUUUACUGUACAAUGAACUUUUCAUAUUUUGAUGCAUUGAUGACUUUAGAUUUCGUACCUAGUAGUGUCUAGUCAGAAGGAACUUACCUUGUAUGUGUGUGUGUUUGUGUGUCUGCAUUUCUGCGAGUGUGAAAGUGUGUUGAUUUGAGUACAAGUGUUACAAAGAAGCUGCAAUAAUAGUCUAGUCUAAACAUUGCCAUAUAUACCAAACACUUUACUACAUGAUCACUCUUGUAUGUGUAUUAUACGCUUGUACUUUGCUAAUCAGCUCUGCUGUCAGGAAACUUGCUGAGUUGGAAAUAUUACGAAACAUUCAUAUGAUUUCCAUAGUUUGGCCUUCUUUGGAUUUAUGUUUUAUAUACUUGUAAUGUUAGCAUUUCCUAUCUAAUAUUACCACUAUAUAUUUUAUGCAUAACCUAGCAUUAUAUCUUUGAGGAACUUGUAAUAUAGUCAUAUAUAUUUUCUGUUAAACUUUUAAGCGAAGGGACCUAUUUGUAGGCUGAUUAAGCAGAGCGACAUUCAGAUUAUGCAUACAAAAAGAGAGUAGCUUAUGCUCACAUACGAACCAAAGUGUCUAAUAGGAAAUUGUUAAAACAAUAUGUGGUUCUUGCUGCCUGGUAAGACAUUUCUUCAGUCAUAAAGCUUUUGAAAGUUGUUUUGUGUUGACUCUUCUUGACUGAUUUCAAAGCUUGUUAUUUAUUUUAUAAUUUUUUUCUUUUAUGCUUGAGUAGCAUUUUAAAGACAUUUAAACCUAGUCCUACAUCAUCUUUAAAGUUUGGUUUUAGUCAGUUUUUGCUUAAGCAUUGCAAGGAGUCUAUGCACCCGGAGUAGAAGAUACCAAGUUUUCCCAUUGCAUGAGUUCAGUACCAAAGAAAGUCAUGUGUUUGUAAUUGCUUCUCAGAGAAAGAAAAUAUAAGAGUUUGGUUCACUGCAUCAUUGCAUCCUAAAUGUGCUUAAUUCUUUCUUUAAAUCUGUGUGUGCAUUUGUGAAGACGGUAUUAGCCAGACCUGCAUUUUGAGAACGGAAAUUCAUAUAAUAAGAUCUAAAUAUUAGCCAUUAGUCUUUUUCUGCACAGUUAUGUAUCCAUUAUUGGUCAGAGUCUGCAACUUUCUGUAAAAGAGCUAGAAAGUUUAACUUGUAUGCACAUUUUCAUAGUUUUAUGGAAAAUAUAUUUUCUCUAUGUGCACAGGAAAUAAUAUAUGGUUCAUCAAUUUUCUAUAAUGAGGUUUUUUAUGUAUAGCCCAAAUUAGGAUGUUUAAGAAAUACUGUACUUAAUGAUAUAUUUAAUGCAUGAAUACUAUUUAUUUUUCAUAUCUUGAUAUGUUCCUCUUGAUUUGUGGCCAUAAAAGGGAUAAGAUUUCACCAUAUCCAGAAGGACAUGACCAUUGAUGGAAUAUAUGCUGUCUGCAGAAUAUUUUUAGUCUGCUUUUGAAUUGCAAAUUUUUUUAUCCAUGACGUACAGGAAUUCAGAUUGAAAACAGAUAUGUUACAGUAAAAAAAAUAUUGCAUUCAUUAAUUUUGUUGCUAGUCUGGACAUUGAGGUUGUUGAAUGGCAAUCAAAAUUUAUUUUAAGGUCACUAGUCAAACAAUAAGAAUAAGAAAAAUAACAUUUUGGCAGUACUAACAAGUCAAGUGGUAUGAAUUUCUUUCACUAAAAUUAACUAGUAGAAGUGUGGUGGUGUUGCUCUCUUAACAAAUAUAUGGUCUAGUCGUUAUGAAGCAGGAAUCACUAACAACUAACUUAAAGAAAUAACUAACCCAGUCAAUCAUCUGACACAUUAAGUUAUAACAAAGAACCGAGCCUUUAUUACAAAGAGCUGUGGAGACCUUUUGAAGAGUGGAGUGAUAUUGUAAGUUCUGUUUGAUGAUAAAAAUAAUGUUUUUUAUCAAUUUUAUUUAACAUUUCUGUUGAGAUAUAGCUGUGUGUAAGAGAACAGAUAUACCAGAUAGAAACAAAAACAGAUUCUGGUCUCUUUCAGGAAAGUAUUUUGAAUUUUGUUUGAUGUAAUAUUGCGUUCCUCUUCACCACAACUAUGAAGGGGCCUUAUGACGUGAAAGGGAUGAAUAUAAUGAUGUUGAUAAGAAUUCUUAUAGAUUUUUUUCGUUUUGAUUUGAGUGUGGUAACGUGUAGUUUGGAUGUCUUGUAUAGUAUGGGGGUAGCUCAACUUACUCUAGGUAUUAUCUGCUUCAGGUAAUCCAUAAGAUAUAUUAACUCCUCUUUGAAAUGUGAGAGUGUGAUGUAGUUACUACAAUUUAAGGCAAUUUGACAAUCUGCAUCUGUGUCUGAUUUAGAUGAUAACCAUUAUUAUUAUUAUUUAUUAUUCUCUUUUUUCAUUCUUUCUUUAAAGUUCUGACACUUAAAGCCAAAAUGAUACAUUCGGAUCCUUGUUCCCAUGUAUAUAUUUCUCCAUGAUUCGGCAAUAUGAGUCAGGUCAUUUUGUAAUUAUUGUAGGAUUAUUAUUUAUAUUAUUAUUAUUAUUAUUAGAUUAAGAAGACAGAGGUUACAGAAGGAUGUUGCUUGUACAUCUUUAUACAAAGUCUUAGAUUUUUUUCUUUUCCUUUUUUGAUGAUUAUUAUUAAUACAUAUACAUAUAGAUGUUCAUCUCGCGGUCUUAGAAUGUUCCCAAUUCAAACUUGAGAAAAUAAGCUGUGUUAUAUAAGUAAUAAAAUGAAGAAAAAAGAAAAAAAAAUAUCAGCAAAAUGCAGGAUUACAAUGCAUAGGUAUGAAGUAUAUCAUUUACAUUGUGUGUUUCAUACAUGUAAUAAUACCCUUGUGUAAUUUUUUUGAUAGAUGGAUAACCUAUAUUACAUAACACUCUUUGUGCAUGUAAAUUUUUGAUCUGUGUUGUUUGAAUUGUUAUCAGACUUAGCCACAGAAAAAUGCAAAUUUUGGGCCAAACAGACCACAUAGAAUUUGAAAUAGAUUAGAGAGCUGUAACAGCUGCAUCUGAGUCUUUGUAUUUUAUAAAGUUUGAAUGUAGUUUAGACACUUAACAAGAAGCCUUUGGUAUCAUAGUGCAAAUUGUACUGAUGCACAUUAAUGUCACUGUGACAUGCAUUUGUAAGGUAAUACUUUCUAUUGAUAUAUAUGUAUAUAAAACAUUUUGUAUGUGCAUUAUAUACAUGUAUCCUUCUUUUCCAGUGUUAAAUUACGUUCUUGUGUAAGGGAUACCAUACCAACAGACAUACCACGCAAGACCUAUACAUUGCAUUUGUGAUAUAUUUUAGAAGAGGGAAUAUACAGUAUUUUACU